AAGUGUCCAUCGUUGGAAGCGAAGUGGUUGGUAGGUAGAAUUGGACUUGUCUGACUAUUUUCUGAGAGUUCAUCUUUGCUCAUGGAUCAGAGGGGUUGAUAUCGUUUUGAACGCAUCUUAGAAGGAAACCCGUUGCAAUCGCACACCAAACUGCAUCACUUGGAAAUGAAGGUGCCUCUCCCUCCCUUCCCCUCCUUGCUUACCAACUCCCAUGGUCCCACCACCAUAUAUAACUCAAAUUGCUUCUAUUUGAGGCUAAUUGCAAAUAUAUAUAAAAAUCAAAUGUUCUUAAUAUCCUAAUGGAGGCUAAUUGCCUUAACAACCACAAAGAAGAACAGAUAAAGAAAUAAAAAGAAGAAGCAACAUCUUAAUAUCAUCUUUUUUGCACUUUGGUAAAAAAGGUUAUUAGACAAGAAAUCGUUAUCCAAGAUAAGUGAUUCUAUUACAUGUUUAAAAUGAAAACAUGAACAGAAUUACCAGAAAAAAGUAAAUAAAUAAAAAUUUAGUAUGAAAACAUAAAUGAACACAAGAAAAGAGUUAGUUGGUCUUCCUUCAUCAAUUUACCUACAGCCAAAACAACAUCUCAACUGCCAUUAAACCAGGAAAUUAGACCUCCUCACAUAUUUAUUGAAAGGAAAGUUAACGGAAGGAAUAGAGGGAAGGAGAAAAAAAAGAGGUGAGGCCACACUUGACAGAAACAAAAUGAUUAGUCAAGCACUCCUUCUGCACCCAGAAAUUCCAGCAAUAUUUCAACAUGAUAAUGUCGUCCGCAACACAAUAUUCUUCAAAUGUACGACGUGGCAAGUGGAAGAGACUUUGGAUCCAAUCAACUGCCCUUAUCAUUACUACUGCGACAGCACCUACCCAGGUAAUUAUCCACCUGCUGUGGAUAUUUUACUACUUUCCCUCGUGACAGCUUCGUACCUGGCAACACUAAUCUCGUUAGUAAUGGAGAUGAUCGUGUAUGUCAAUGGCAAUGGGGCUGCUGCUGUUGCUGGGCGGCGAACAAAUAAUAAUAAUUGUGUUGGUCAAAUAAUUAGAAGAUGCUUGCUACCAUCUGGUCCAGUGUCCCUCCCACUCACCCUCUUGGCCCUUGCCAAGGGACAGAGGAUCAACACAAUAUUUCCCCUCUCAUGCAUUGGCCCCUCUAUCCUCCAACUGAUUCAGAUCUCUGCUCUUGCCCUUGACAAUGUGGCCGAAAAGGAUAUCAAGUACGCUCUCUACAAGGCCUCCACAAUCUCUGGAAUUUUGCAUGCGAGCUUGUACCUUGAUUCAACCAUAUUGCCCUACUAUACAGGUUUUGAUGCCCUGGUGUCAUCAACCUUUUCCGGGGAGUGUAUAUCUUGUGUGUGUCGGAAACAGGUCCUGGUUGCCGGAGGGAAGUUGGUCUCUUACAGGGGCUGGUCACUAACUACUUUUUUAGUGGUAGGUACUCUUUGUUUUAGGAUGAUUUGCAAAUUGUCGUCUACACAGAAUAAGGGAAGAACCAUAUUAAUCAAAUUCAAGAACAUACUGGAAAACUUAGGUUGGAUCUUUAUAGUUAUGGAUUGUGUCUAUCUAAUUGUAAAUUCCCCUCCUGAAAGAUCUCUCACGCGUGUUGCAGCCUCGUCAGGUUUGUUUGUUUUGAUUUGUCUCCAUGUACUCAGAAAGGCAUGCACUUGGCUAAAGCAAUGGCACUCAAAGUGUGAAAAAUAAGAUACAUCACAAACAUGAAAAAAAGAAAAAGAAAAAAAGAAGACACAAAUGAUUGUGUAUAGAAACACUGAUGUUCAUAUAAAUAGCCACAGUUUUGGGGCAGCAAAAGCUUGAUACAUGUUAGUUGUGUGACCAUCAAAUUUCUUUCUGACUACUUAACCACGACUUAAAAGGAUAGGAUCCUUAUAAUUUUAUUUGAGUAUCUUUGUUUUCAGUAUCAUGAUAGCCUUAAACUAAUAAUCACUGCAACAUAUAAGAAUUUUAGAGUUCAAAUUUUUGUCUCUAAAAAUGAAAAUUUUGUUGCAAAAUACAUUUAGAGACAAAUUUUUAUCGUCGCGAGAAUAGUUGUUAAAAGGUCAUCUCGAAAAGUAAAAAAUAAAGCUUUUAGCGAUAAAAUUUUGAAAAUGUCACUAAUAAGUACACUUUUAGAGACAAAAUGAUUUAUUUUUUGAGACAAAAAAUUUGGUCCCAAAAAGAUUAUUAA